AUGGCGACGCGCCACGCUGAUUCCUCAAGGUACGAUGACCGGGAUCGUCGUCGCUACAGCCCGCGCCGCGACAGAUCCAGAGAUAGAGACAGAGACAGAGACCGACGGGGAGACCGCUAUGGGGGAGAGAGCCGCUUCAGAGAUGACCGUGACCGCCGAGACCGUCGCGAUCGCGACCGUGACCGCGACCGCGAGCCCUACUACCGCCGCUCGCGCUCUCCUCCUCGCCGCCGGGAUCGAUCCAGAGACCGCGGAGACCGCUACACCAGACGAGACCGCGACGAUGAUAGGGACAGGCGUCGCCGCUCCACCUCACGCCGACCUGGAUCGCGCUCGUCAAUCACCCCUGCGCCAGACAGUCGGCGUGACCGGGUAGAUGCUGCCCCGCGCGACGACAGAAAGAAGGACCCCGAAACACAGGCCAAAGACAAGCUCGCCGAACGCGCAGCCAAGCUGGCCGAAUGGAAGAAGCGCAACGCUGAGCGCCUCAGCAAAGAGAAGACGGACACGCCCGGCUCUGGUGCCUCGCCAGCUGGCACUGCGCCCGCAACGCCCUCUGCUGCCACCGCGACGCCGCCGCCCCCGGCUUCAGCAAGUGAGAACAAGCUUGACACUGCUAAGACCAAAGUUCCGCAGAAGAGUGCUACUGAAAAACUCAAGCAGAAGCAGCCCGAGAAGUCUACCUUCAGGCUGGACGCUUCUGCUGCAGCCCGCCCGUUGGAUAUGGCUAAGCCGGCUGGCAAGACAGUCACUACCGCCAGCAACCCUGCUACAGCCAAGGGCAACGGCAACAUUGGCUCUUUCGGCCUCAAGGCCAAGACGGCCGCCGAAGCGGAGGCUGAGACCUCGAGGAAAGCGUUCCUUGACGAAGAAGGCCCAACUCGCAAGCGCAAGCUCCAGGCUCUCCCCGAGUUCACCGCCAACGAUGAGCCUGAACCCGAGGCUGACGGUGCCGACGACGACGACGCUGCCAUGAGCGGCAUCGCAAGUGACGACGAAGAGAACAAUGCGGAGCUCCAGGCUCGCCUCGAGAAGCGCCGCGCUGACAUCGCCAACGAGAACAACCAAGACGCUACCAUGGAAGAAGCACCUGCCGUCCAAGUCCCCGCCGCCGACAAGAUGGACGUUGACGAAAAUGCAGGCGCCCAAGAAGACGAGAUUGACCCGCUCGAUGCCUUCAUGGCCGAUCUAACCGAACCGCAACCCAGCCGCGGUGCGCCUGCGGGCGAGGCCUUGUUCGCCGAUGACCUUGAGCCUGUCGAGACUUCUGUAGAAGCGCAAGACCUUCUCGAACUCCGCGCCGCCAAGAAGAAAAGGAAGGAGGUUGCAACGGUCGACCAUGAUAAAGUUGAGUACGAGCCGUUCAGAAAACAGUUUUACACUGAGCCACUCGAGGUUUCUCAGAUGACGCCAGAAGAAGUCGCCGAUCUCCGACAUGAGCUCGACGGUAUCAAAGUGAAACCAGAUGAUGUGCCCCGUCCUGUCACAAAAUGGGCUCAAAUGGGCCUGCUGCAAGCAACCAUGGAUGUUUUCGCCCGCGUAGGCUACAAGCAGCCCACUUCGAUCCAAGCACAAGCCGGUCCCAUUUCUCUUUCAGGACGAGACCUUAUCGGAGUCGCAAAGACUGGCUCCGGAAAGACGCUCGCAUUUGGUAUUCCCAUGAUUCGUCACAUUCUUGAUCAACGCCCGCUGAAGCCAGCUGAUGGGCCCAUUGGACUGAUUCUCGCCCCGACCCGAGAACUGUCACUACAAAUUGUCACUGAGCUCAAGCCGUUCCUCUCAGCUUCUGGUAUCACUAUCAAAUGCGCUUACGGUGGCCAGCCCAUCUCUGACCAAAUUGCUAUGAUCAAGCGUGGUGGUAUACACAUUCUGUGUGGUACACCUGGUCGUCUAAUUGACUUGAUGACUGCGAAUCAGGGACGUGUGCUCUCUUUUAGGCGCAUCACCUAUGUCGUUCUCGAUGAAGCUGACCGCAUGUUCGACAUGGGCUUUGAGCCGCAAGUCAUGAAAAUCCUUGCCAAUGUUCGUCCGGAUCGUCAAACUGUGCUCUUCUCUGCAACCAUGCCAAAGAACAUGGUGGCAUUGGCUCGUAAGGCCCUGAAUAACCCGGCAGAAGUGACUAUCGGCGGUAGAUCGAAAGUGGCUCCUGAGAUUACGCAAAUCAUCUCCAUUGUUCCGAACAGCUAUGAGAAGAAGAUUAACAAGCUACUACUGCAUCUUGGACAGCUCUUUUCUGAAGACGAGAAUGCCCAGGUAUUGAUUUUCACUGAGCGACAGGAGACUGCCGAAGAUUUGUUAUCAAAGCUCUACAAGGCCAAGUAUUUCUCUGUGAAUACCAUUCAUGGAGCUAAAGACCAAACAGAUCGUAACGAAGCGAUCAGUGACUUCAAGCAAGGUAUUCUCUCGAUUCUCAUUGCUACCUCAGUAGCAGCACGCGGUCUUGAUGUUCCCGGACUAGCACUUGUGUUGAACUUUGACUGCCCUACUCACUUGGAAGACUAUGUUCACAGAUGUGGUCGUACUGGCCGUGCAGGUAACAAAGGCACAGCCAUCACACUCAUCGAAAACCCUGGCCAAGAGCGCUUCGCCAUUCACGUUGUCAAGGCAUUGAAGGAGAGUGGUGCCGAAGUUCCCGAGAAGCUUCAGGAAAUGGCAGACACCUUCCAUGAAAAGGCCAAGGCAGGAACUGAGAAGUACUACGGUGGCUUUGGUGGCAAAGGUCUGGACAGACUUGACGCAACUCGUGCCCUUGAGAAAAAGCGUGAGAAGCGUCAGCUUCGACUCGAGGGUAUUGAGAACAGUGACGACGAGGAAGAGGUUGUACCGAUCGUCAAGAAGCCAGAGGUUGCUGGCCCAGGUGCUGCUAAGGUUGCCGACGGAGCUGCCGCAGCAGCUGAACCAGAAGACCAACCACACUGGAUGAAGCUUCUGAACAGCAAGAUUGUCGUCAACAAGACGGAGCGACCCGAAGCCGCCGCCUCUGGCAAGCCAAUGAGUGCAAGAGAAAGGGCCAUGGCUGCCGCCUCCAAGGUUGACGGCAGGCUGAGCAAGAAGGGCAUGAUCCACGCAGGCCAGCCCAUUGACAACAAGGGCCCUGAUGCUGGUCUUUAUCACUCCACGAUUGAGAUCAACGACUUCCCGCAAAAGGCUCGAUGGGCGGUCACGAAUCGUACCAACGUGGCCAAGAUUCUGGACCAGACCGGUGUAUCCAUCACAACCAAGGGCAACUUCUACCCGCCUGGCAAGUCGCCCGGUGAGAAUGAUCUGCCCAAGUUGUACAUUCUUGUUGAGGGUGACACUGAAAACAUUGUCACUCAGGCAAUGAUGGAGCUUACGCGCCUCUUGCGCGAGGGCACCAUUGCAGCCGAAGACGCGUCCUCGAGCCGCACAGCGACUGGAAGAUAUUCUGUCGUUUAA